CGAUUAUCCCUUUCUCUAUGGAUCUUUCAUCCGUUUAGAUCGUCUGGGUCUUAUGUUUUUUUUUUCUUUUUGGUUUUAAAAUUUUUCUGGAGUUCUGAUCCGUUGCUAGACGGAUCGGGUUGACCCAUUUUAGGUUUCGAUUUCAAGUUUGGAAAUUUAUUCCGUCAUCGGAUUACUUGGCCUCGAUUUCAUCCUGGGUCAUCCUGUUUCUGUGGUUCUUCAUCGGAAUCCGCCAUUUAUGAUCAGAUUACAUUUCACUUAGGAGGAAGAACCUGUCGGCAAAGUUAAGGAAUGAUCUUGCUUGCUUGUGGUAGCUGCCGAAAAAAUAAUGCUGGUGCUGUGGCGUUCAGAGCCAGAGUUAAGUAGCAGGCCAGCAUCGUGAAAAUCACAAUGGCUUCCUCAAGGGUUUUGUAACUUAUCUUCCUGUCCUGACCCGGAUUUUCGUUGUGCUCUCAUCAAAGGUAUGGAUCCAACGCAAGGGCCACGACCUACAGCCACUUCUUCUACUGAAGUAAAUAAUGUGGGCGGACAGCCCAUUUCUACUACCAAUUCAGAGACCUCUUUGAAUAACAUGCUGAAUCCAGUGGACAGACACCUUCCAAACUACAGUCCACCUUCAGGAUGGCCAACUUACAUAAGCUCCAGUGCUCAUGAUUUUCAAAGUCGUAGCUGGUGGAGUUCUGGUGAAUCCAGCUCUAGACUGAGACCCUCUCACCAGGCCAAUGAUGUUGGAUUGAAGACAGAUCACCAGCUAUACUCAGAGGGUAUUCGUUUUCAUUCUGGCUAUGGCCUCCGGGAAGGGGAAUCAGGUUCAACAGGUAUGACGACACCUGGAGGAUUUCAGAUUGGCUGUGGUGGCAGUCAUGUCGUAUCGCCUUUCUCGCAAGGUUCAAGCUCCUAUCGUAUGUCGCAGACUGUAAAUCUGGGUACGGAAAUGAACAACCGUGGUAGCGGAGGGCAGAGCUCAGGGGUAGUUUUCCGCCACAAUAACUGUGAGAGUUCUUUGGGAAGCUCUAGUCAGGUCGGCGAGGAGAGCAGCAGUGGUCCGGGUUCUUCACUGGCUGGUUGGGGUUCCUCCUGCAAACGAAAGUCUCUUGAAGGAGCUUCAGGGCAUUCUUUUCCUUGUGAAGAUCCAGGUUGCUUUGUUCAUAGAGGUCUCACUCAGUAUGAUGCUUCAAGUAGCUUGAGUUUGUCUAUACCUUCACAAAGUUCUCCAAAUAUUAGUAAUCAUUCUGGUCAGUCGGAGCCAAGGUAUGGAGCCGGGGGUGGAAGAGCGGUUGCUUCAAACGCUUUUCCUUCUGCAAGAAAUGUAGAUGGCUCAUAUAGACCCGGCAGGCGAUUGAAUCCUGGCUUGCCACAAGAAUCGGUACCGUUCAGUUUGUCAUCAGAUAAUGUUUCUUCUCAACAGCAUUUACCGGUGACUUCCCCUUCCGUUGAUCCUCUGGAGGUGAGAUCAAUGACAUCAAUUGCUGGUAACUCAAGCAGUAAUGAGAGUCAAUCAAAUAUCAUUCACCUCCCUGCUUUGACUAGGAAUAUACACCAUUUUGCUUGGAAUGCUGCUUCCAGUUCGAGAGCCAACAAUCCUUUGAUACCCGGAGAGCGAUUUGGACCGCCUCGAGCUGCACCAAGAAGCAACUCAGAGCAUCAUAUGCUUGCACCUGCAACCGAAAUGAGAAAUCCAAUGCCGGAUGAAUCUAUUUGGAGUUUCAGUCGUGGAAACCCUAGUGUGUCUGGAGAUUCUCCUUUUGUCCCUCAAGCAGGACCGAGUUCAAGCAUUCAUUCUUUGCAUCCAAACCCCGCAUGGAUUCCUCCCCAGAGUACCUCAAUGCAUAAUCCAUCAAGAACAUCAGAACUUGCUCCUUGGUCUUUAUUUUCUACCGUCGAAUCUGAAUCUGCCAGCCGUGGUGGUUCUCUUCCUUUACUACCUACAGGCUCUUCAGUUCCCUUGAACGAGAUGGCAGCACCAUCUGGGUCUAGUAGCAGGAGCCAUCGGCCACGGCCCAGAAGGUUAGGAUUGUUAUUGGAGAGGCAGAACGAUCUCCAUUUGCGUAAUUUAGGAAGGAGCUUAGCUGCUGAUAACGAUGGAAGGAACCGGAUGAUUUCCGAGAUACGUCAAGUAUUGAAUGCCAUGCGACGAGGGGACAAUGUGCGGUUUGAGGACUAUAUGGUGUUUGAUCCUCUUAUCUUCCAUGGCAUGGCCGAGAUGCAUGACAGGCAUCGGGAUAUGCGCCUUGACGUUGACAACAUGUCUUACGAGGAGCUGUUGGCACUGGAGGAGCGUAUAGGGGACGUGAGCACUGGGCUGACCGAGGAAGUGAUUCUGAAAACGAUGAAACAGCACAAAUACACGACUUUACCUGCAGAGUCCCAGCAGGACUCGGAGCCUUGCUGCAUCUGUCAAGAGGGAUAUGUAGAAGGAGAUGAUAUUGGAACACUGGACUGUGGCCAUGAGUUCCACACAGAUUGCAUCAAGCAAUGGGUAAUGCUCAAGAAUCUCUGCCCCAUUUGUAAGACAAUGGCUCUUUCGACUUGAACAGCAUUGCCUCCUUCAUCCAUAAGAAGAAGAAGAAGAAGAAGAAAUGUCAUUACAAGUUCUAUACCUUUUGUUUUUGUUGGGCUCAUGGAGACAUCAUGUGUCAUUAUCAAGACAGAAAAGAUAUGUUCGGAGCAUUAUUAUGUGACCAAUUCAUAAAAUCUGUGGAGGAAGUUAAUAAGUUUUAAACAUUGUUUUCUCA